AUGGUCCCCACCACUGACCACCACCACCGCUCCACCACCAAAUCCUCGAACAAGCCUUUCAAAACCAAGCACGCUACCAAAAGUGCUCUGAAAGAACGCUCGAAGGGCAAGGUGGAGAAGCUGGAGGUUGGUAAUAGAAAGACACCACAUCAGCAGGUCAUGUCGAAAAUCGAUCGACGGAAUCAUGCCAAGCAGUUGAGACAGAAUAAGUUGGGAGAGAGGAGGGAGGAGGGGAGUGUGUUUACGGGCAGGGAUGGAGCGCCAAGAAUUGUCGCUGUUGUGCCGUUAUGUUCGGAUGUGGAGAGUGCGACAGUUGUGAAGCAUCUGAACGAGAGCAUGGACGUUGAUGAGGCGGCGAUGGAAGGAGGGAGGGUGGAGGUGCCGAGAUUCAAGACGAGGGUGCAGUAUUUGACCCCUGCGAGGGAGUUGUUUGCAGUGCUGGAUGCAUGUCGGGUCGUGGAUUUCGUAUUGUUUGUGUUGAGUGCGGAAGAGGAAGUGGACGAACUUGGGGAGCAGAUGUUGAGGACGGUCGAAUCGCAGGGUGUGAGCACUGUGCUUACUGGUGCUUAUGGUCUGGAUAAGAUCGAGCCGACGAAGCGAAGACCGGAUGUGCUCAAGAGUCUGAAGAGCUUCAUCACGCACUUCUUUGCCAUGCAGGAGAAAGUGUAUGAUUUUAGCAGCAGGCAGGAUUGCAGUAACGUCAUGCGCAGCUUGUGCACCACUACGCCGAGAGGUAUUAGCUGGCGAGAGACGCGGAGCUGGAUGACACUGGACGAUGUGAGGUGGGAAGAGGCCGGCCCUGUUGUGACUGGCACGAUCAGAGGCAAAAAUCUGAAAGUCGACAGGUUGGUACAAGUUGGCGACUGGGGUGACUUUCAGAUUGAGCGAGUAACGGCUGCUACGAUCGAGCGAAGCAAUAAGCGUGCGAAGCCGAAUGAUAUGGCAGUCGAUGCUACAGGUGGUGAGCAAGAGCUGGAGCAGCCAGGCGAAGACCAGGACAACCUGGCCGAGCUAGCGCCAGAAGAAAUUGUCAUGGACGAUGCGAUGAGUAUGCCAGCUCCCUCGAUGGCGGCAUCAGAGCGUAAGCACGUAUUACUCGACGACCACCAAUACUUCGACGAAGACGAGCAGGAAGAUAUACCCAUGCCCAAGCGCCUUCCGCGCGGUACCAGCAAAUACCAAGCAGCGUGGUACCUUGGCGAUAUGUCAGACUCAGGAUCAGACAUGACGGACGUCGAGCCUGAUCGAGAUGGCGACUUUGACAUGGACGGCUCGGCAGCUCUGGGCCCUGCCGAUGGACACUUCGAGAGUAUGACUAUGCGUGAUCCGACAGAAGCUGGAGCGUCGGAGUAUCCGCAAAGCGAGUUCUUUCCUGAUAAGGCACCACAGGAUGAGGCCGAGCAGAUCGCCGCUUACCGUAAGCAGAGGAGAGAAGAGGCUGAGGACGAUCUGGAAUUUCCAGAUGAGAUCGAGCUACAUCCUGGCAUGGAUGCCCGAGAACGACUGGCGAGGUAUCGAGGCUUGAAGAGUCUACGAAACAGCAAAUGGGAGACGGAGGAGGAUCGUCUGCAUGAACCUGAGGACUGGAGCAGAUUACUGGAAAUCUCCGACUACAAGUCAGCCAAGAACCGUGUCCUCAAGGAAGCUCUUACAGGUGGUAUCAAAGCCGGCACAAGAGUCCACAUCCACCUUCGCCUCUCAGCAGACCAAUGCAAAGAACAAAUGCAAGCCUUGCCAACACCAACAUCGCUCUUCUCCCUCCUCCGCCAUGAGCAUAAAUUGACCUCCGUCAAUGCCUCCAUGUCACUCUCAUCCGAAUACGGCGUGCCUCUUAAGAGCAAAGAAGAGCUCAUCAUGCAGUGUGGACCAAGACGUCUCGUCAUCAAUCCCAUUUUCAGCCAGGCGGGCAAUACACCGAAUAAUGUGCAUAAAUUCGAUCGGUAUUUGCACCCAGGUAUGACAGCGGUAGCGUCGUUCAUUGGGCCUGUGAUUUGGGGGAGUGUGCCGUGUCUGUACUUCAUGCGGCGCGAACCAUCACAAGGACCUGCAAACGAUCCUGUGGAAGAUCUGGGACAGAGCACGAAGACCUCACAGGCGGGCGACAGACUAGGCCUCAUAGCAACAGGCACAUUCUUACCUCCAUCAACAACCGAAAACAGAAUCAUCACCAAACGUAUCAUCCUCACCGGCCACCCUUACAAGAUCCACAAGAAGUUGGUGACGGUUCGGUAUAUGUUCUUCUCCGACGCGGAUGUAGAGUACUUCAGUGCUUUACAGCUGUGGACGAGAAGAGGCAGGUCAGGAUUCGUCAAGGAGCCGUUGGGUACGCAUGGGUACUUUAAGGCGACGUUUGAUGGGAAGAUUAAUCCGCUUGACAGCGUGGCUGUCAGUCUAUAUAAGAGGGUCUGGCCUAGGAAGGCUAGAGCGUUUGUGCCUGGGCAGUUUGUAUCGAGCGAGGGAAAGAUGGGAGGAGUAGAGGAAGUGGGAGAUGAGGUGCCUAUGCUUGUCGAGGCGUAA